AUGCUUCAACAGAUCUAUUCUGACUGAAGAUUCAUCAAGAUGAGCUUCCAUGUCCCACCCACACUCCAGAGCUUAGCAGUACAAAGCUUGUUGAAGAAUGAAGCCUUGGCCAUGUCUGCUCUGCAGGAGCUGCCGAGAGUGUUGUUCCCACCACUCUUCAAGGAAGCCUUCACUGGCAGACACACAAAGAUACUGAAGGCAAUGGUGGCAUCCUGGCCCUUUCCCUGCCUCCCUGUGGGGGCACUGAUGAAAUUCCCUGACAUGAUGAUAUUGCAAGCUGUGCUGGAUGGUGUAGACAUGCAGCUGACACGAAAUUUUCACCCAAGAAGACAGAAGCUUCAAGUGCUGGAUCUUAGAAAUGUGCACCAUGCCUUCUGGGAUAUUUCAGCUGGACCAGAAGAUGGAGACCGCUCAGCAGAGACUGUGUGUGAAAAGCAAAUACCAACACGCCUUCAUAGAUAUGCACUGAGGCAACGUUUGAAGGUGGUCACUGACCUUUGUCUUGAGUUUGAUCUGGACGAAUACCAAACUUAUUUCUUGCAGUGGGCACAGAAGAGAAGAGGUUCCCUGAACCUGUGCUGUGUAAAGAUGCAGAUUAAAGAAUUGUCAAUGUACACCGUCAGGAAGGUCUUGAAGAUUUUCCAGCCAGAUUGCAUUGUGGAGUUAGAACUGAAUACAGGGUGGACUCUGCCCACAUUGGCAUGCUUUGCACCUUCCCUGGGUCAGAUGAAAAAUCUUCGUAAACUCCUUCUAACACUAGUCGAUGAGAAACUCUUUAGCUUUCUAUUUAUGUCAACAGACAAACAUGAGAAGAGAAUCACCAAGUUAAUUUCUCAGUUCUCCAAAUUCAACUGUCUCCGGCAUCUCAACAUGGUUGGUGUCUACUUUCUCAAGGACCACCUGAAUGAUUUGUUCAGGUGUCUGAAGACCCCAUUGGAGUUCCUGUCCAUUACUCUCUGCAAGUUCUCACAGUCAGAUUUGGAGUCCUUUGCCCAGUGUCAGAGCCUUCAUCAUCUCAAACAUCUGCAUUUGUCAGGUAUCAUUUUGUGUGAUCUGAGUCUUGUGCCUCUCAGAAUUCUCCUAGAAAAAGUCACAGACACUCUGAAGACCCUGGAAUUAGAACACUGUAGAAUGACAGACUCUCAACUCAGUGCACUUUUCCCUGCCUUGAGUCGGUGCUCUCAGCUCAUCGAGGUCAACUUCUAUGAUAAUGACAUCUCCAUGGCUGUCCUAAGGAAACUUCUGCAUCACACAACCAACCUAAGGCAGCUGAAUGUUGAGUAUUAUCCUGCCCCUCUGGAGUGCUAUGAAAUUGGCUUUGUUGUCAGAGCAGGGACAUUUUCCCAGCUUUCUUCUGAGCUUAUGGACACACUUUGUACUGUAAGGCAGCCCCAGUCUGUCUCCUUUGCCUCUCAGACAUGCCUUCAAUGUUUACAGCGCUGUAUCUAUGACAUGGAGACCAGACUUUGCCAUUGUUGGCAGUAA